AUGUCAUCCCAACCUCUCCCCCGAGUCCUCUUCUUCGACGUCUUUGGCACCGUCGUCCAAUGGCGCACCUCCGUCUCCGAAGCUCUCCGUGACGCAGCACAGAGCGCACUCCGAGACCCAGAGAAGAAUCUCCCCGACGCCGUGCGCGCCAAAGCCUCGUCAAUGACUCAAUCGGACUGGCUUGACAUAACCGAGGAAUGGCGCGAGUCGUACUACCACUUCACCCGGAACUCCGAUCUAUCAAAGCCCUUCGUCUCCGUCGAUGAGCACCACUACUCGUACCUCCUCAAGCUCCUUCAGGCCCACGGUCUCGAGACCCUGUUCACCGAUGCUCAGAGAUGGGAUCUCGCGCUGAGCUGGCACCGGCUCGCCCCGUGGCCGGAUAGCGUUCGCGGCCUGGAGCUCCUGAACCGCAAGUUCCGCACCUGCACCCUGUCCAACGGGAACGUGGCGCUGCUGCAGGAUCUCUGUCGGCACGGCUCGCUGCCCUUCACAGAGGUGCUAAGCGCAGAGCACUUUGGGGCGUACAAGCCGUCGCCAAAGGUCUACGGCGGGGCUGCGGAGAGGUUCGGACUGGAGCCGGGAGAGUGUGCGCUUGUGGCGGCGCAUCUGGGGGAUCUGAAAGCUGCCAAAGCCUGUGGGUUCCAGACGGUUUAUGUGGAGCGUCCGAAGGAGGAGACGUUGGACAUGGAGCAGGCACGGGAGGAGGGAUAUGUGGAUAUCUGGAUUGAUGCAGGCUGCGACGGAUUUGUUGAACUUGCCAGGCGGUUUAGCCUUGAUAUCGAGGCCAAGGCGUAG